AUACCAUCUAUGAUUACUGCUGGUAUUCCCUGAUGUCCUCAACCCAGCCAGACACCUCCUACACUGGGGCCUCAGUGUCAGUGUCUCUCUCAGCGUGGCCAGCAGCAGCCGGGAGAACCCAAUUCAUAUCUGGGAUGCGUUCACUGGAGAGCUCCGGGCUUCCUUUCGCGCCUACAAUCAUCUGGUAUGGACCUCCACGCCCAGCCCCAGCGCUCAUCCUGGCCCAGCUCUCCUUCCUUGAGGAUAGCUGAGGCUCUGCAAAGCUUGUUUUCAGCCAUCUCCUGCCCCCAGGAUGAGCUGACGGCAGCCCAUUCGCUCUGCUUCUCCCCGGAUGGCACUCAGCUGUUCUGUGGCUUCAACCGGACUGUGCGGGUCUUCUCCACAUCCCGGCCCGGCCGUGACUGUGAAGUCCGAGCCACGUUUGCAAAAAAGCAGGGCCAGAGUGGCAUUAUCUCCUGCAUAGCCUUCAGUCCAGCCCAGCCCCUCUAUGCCUGUGGCUCCUAUGGCCGCUCCCUGGGUCUGUAUGCCUGGGAUGAUGGCUCCUCUCUCGCCCUGUUGGGGGGGCAUCAAGGGGGCAUCACGCACCUCUGCUUUCACCCUGAUGGCAACCGCUUCUUCUCAGGAGCCCGCAAGGAUGCUGAGCUUCUGUGUUGGGAUCUCCGGCAGCCUGGUCACCCACUGUGGUCCCUGAGUCGGGAGGUGACCACCAAUCAGCGCAUCUACUUUGAUCUGGACCCGACUGGGCAGUUCCUAGUGAGUGGCAGCACCAGUGGGGCCAUCUCUGUGUGGGACACCAGCGGGGCUGCAGAUGAUGGGAAGCCGGAGCCAGUGCUGAGUUUUCUGCCACAGAAGGACUGCACCAAUGGAGUGAGUCUGCACCCCAGCCUGCCUCUGCUGGCCACUGCCUCCGGUCAGCGUGUGUUCCCGGAGCCCACAGACAGCGGGGAUGAAAGGGAGCAGGAGCCAGACCUCCCUCUGCUCUCCAUGCGCAAUGUCCACCUUGAAUGUCGGCUUCAGCUCUGGUGGUGUGGGGGAGGCCCAGACUCUAGUAUCACUGAUGAUCACCAGAAUGAGAAGGGACAAGGAGGGACAGAGGGACGUGGGGCUGAACUUAUAUAAAAAGGUUUUCUAUGAUA